AUGAAGGAGAAGAGCAUGGUGAUCCUCAAGGAGUACAUCAUCGCCAAGCAUAAUGCUCCGAACGACGUCCCCGAUGAGUCUGUAGAGGACGAAUCUGAUGGAGAGGUUGACGCUCUUGUCAGCAACCCACCAAAGAAAUCUAAGAAGCACAAGUGA